AUCCUAUAUUGGCGGACGAAACGAAAUCAAAUAUUGUAAAGGGAUUAAUAUAUUUUAUAGAACUGCAACGAUCGCAAGAGCAAUAGUAUAGAUUAUCACCAAGAAAAUUAUUAUGGCUUCUUGGGAUCAAAUUGAUGUUGAUUUUGGAGGAGAUGAGACAGGGAACUUUGGGCCUCGACAAGAAACACAGGCAUCUCUGUACCAAGUGGAUACUGUAGCUACAGUAUCAGCUACAGAAGAGGUGACAAGUAACCCACAAGUCAUUGCUGCUUCCUCAGCUGAAGGUUUCUGCCUUGCAGCUGACUGCUAUGUUUCCUUCUUUGACGAAACUGCGCACAAGUUCCAUGUUACAACUGCUUUUGAUUCUUGUGUAGAUGCAGUGUCCUGGAGUGAAGAUUCACUUUUUAUUGUUAUUGGAGAGAGGUCUGGAAACUUCCACAUUAUGCAUAUGGAAUCACAACAGAUUGUGUUUUCAAAGAAAGUUGGAACAAAAAGGGAAUCUGACCAAGAUGCUGUAUUUCAAUACAUGAUGUUUACUCCAAGUACAACAGAAGGAAAUUGUGAACUGUUUAUUCUCACCAGUGAUCAAAUGUUGUAUCACAUCAAGCAUGUUCACCUCACAGAACUUGACAGAGUAAUCAAACAGAGAGACAUUGCAGCUGCUCAGCAAUUGCAGAACAAAAUGAAGAUAGAUGUUAUGGAUUUGAGUGACAUCCACACUGAAGGGAGUUCAUACUGCUGCCUGGCCUCUCAGAAUAAUAACAAUAUAGUCUUGACCAGUGGUGCAGGUGAAGCUGUGCUAAGCUUAUGGUAUCCUGGUAGUCAUGGUUCCCCAGUUCAGAUUGUGGACAGUCAGCUCCUAGGUGGCGCCAGUGUAAUCAAGUGUAGAACCACGUCCAACGGGAAAUAUGCUAUUGUUUUGGACACGAGAAAUAUUCUGAGCCUGUGGGAUGUUGUUACACUGACUAUGGUGAUGAGCUGGCCUCAGCUCAAGAUAAAAGAUUUCUGUUUGAUUGAGACAGCAGAAGGGGAGAAGUCAUCAGUACUCUCUGCUUUGAAGAUGGCAGCCUUAACAGUUCCAAAUGAUGGGAAAUGUAUCUUACAAGUACUGUCUCUACCAGCCAUGAAGGCUACAUAUGAACUGCAGCUGUCUGCUGAGUCCAGCCUGGCUGAAAUACCAGCCACACAAGAAUCUAUAUUUGUUGUGGAAGGAAUAUCAGAAGAAAAUGGAAAUGGUUUGGUUACUCAACUGAGAAUACGAUCAUUGUCAGAGGCCCAACCUGAAACCAGGUUUUAUCGAAUUCUACAUAAAAAUCAGUUUGAGGAAGCAGAGCAGUUUGCCAAAAUGUUUGGUAUGGAUGUGGAGCUUGUGUAUAAAGUGAAGUCCAGUCACAUUCUGGACAGACUGUCCCCCUGGAAUAUUGAUAAGAUACAGGAUGAGGCUGAAGUUGGUGAAAUAUUCUCCCAACUAAUGCAGUGUUUAGAGUUGAUCAAGGAUGAUGCUCACAUAGUAGAGUGCUGUGUCAAUGCAGCCAUGCCCACAUUUGAAGCCACUCUUGAAAUGCUAUCAUAUGCCAGAACUCGGCUGAAACAGAGCCUGUCAGAUAUGAAUGGUUAUAUUAAAGAAGAUGAAAACCUCUCAAAGCCUGUUUUGAUGACAAAGGUCCUAGAUACCUUACACAGACUGGAUACCUAUCAGGUGGCAUUUGGAAUACACAGCUACAGGGGGUCUCACUGGGAGGAGUUUAAGAAAACCCAGCCCCUGCGUGAGAUACUGAAGUGGCUGCAAAGAGGAAAUGUGUCGUGUGCAUUCACUAUUUGGAACAGACACUGUUGUGAAUUUGAAGAGAAUUUCUCCAAGGCUGUGCUAGCUGACAUCUUGGGUGCCAUACCAGAAGAUGUGCCUUCUGAUGACAUCAAGCCAUGGCUGAAGCAAGAUUUCUUUCCCUUUGUCAUCAGAGUACUCCCAGAAGAACUGGGUUACAUAGCUGGUUGGCUGGAACAAAGGGCAAGAAAUCUGGAACUUCUUGAAAAAAUGUCAUGGCCGGCUAAUGCUCUUGAGAUGGCUGAGUUGUUACAUAGUGCUUGUUCUGGGUCACCAAGUUGCAUGGGAGACAGGGGACAGGCAACUCCAGGCCAGUUUGCAACACAGGUGUGCAACUUGUCCUUGAGUUAUUCUCGAAGAAACCCUGAUAAGCAUAGUGAACAAUUUGGUGCAUCAUUUGAGAAGUUAUACAGCCUGAUUUGCAACUUACGGGACCUUUUGAGCUUACACACAAAGUACAACUGUAAACUGUCUCUGGCUCAAUAUAUGCAGGAAACCACUGAAUCCCUGACCUACCGUAUGCUGGAUCGUGUUGUGGCUAUUGAGUUGAUCCCAGACACCAUCAGAAAGGUUAUCAGACCAUACAUGAAUGAGCACAACCUUAAAGAAGAUCAGAUGUUGUUUCAGUACAUUGAGGACCUCUUAACAAGGACAGGACAGUUCAGGUCUGACUAUGGGGAGGCUCCAUGGGAAGCUAAAGCCAUAGCUGUCAUAGGCUGCAUUAAAGACCCUGGUUAUAAAUGCCAGGGUAUACUGAAGGUAAUGCUCCAGGCCUACAUCCCCUGGACCCCAGCCACUGAGGCACUGGUGCAAGAAGGUCUGGCACUGGACCACCCCAGAGUGGCAGAAUUGAAAGAAUUAUGUGGUUUGAUUGAGUUAAAAGGGAUGUUGGCCAGAUAUCAACUCCGACAUUUUAAUACAAUUGAUUCUUCCAAGGCAGAGAUACUGAUGAAAUACAUCCUGUCCUUGGAUAAACCCACUGCUAUGGAAGAUGCCCUGAAAGUGGUGAAGACCUAUGACAGCGUGACAGAGCAGCAGGCCUAUGCCUGCAGGAUAAGGUUCCUGAUCUCUGGAAACAGGAUAGAUGAAUGUGUAGAGCUGCUGAAAUCUUUGCCAACAGCCACUGCAGUUCCUCUGUGUAAGAUCGCCAUCACAGGAGUACAAGUACUGCUGGGGCAGGAAUGGCAUAUUAAACCACAGGCAGUGCAGGAAGAAAUCAAACUUUUCACAAAAGCUGGAACACAAAUCUUACGACUACUUCUAGGAAUGCUGGAAGAUCCUGAUGACAUUGAGGAGCAUGCUACCCUGUUGAAAGAUUUAACAAAUCUCUAUGCUUUACAAGAAGAAUUUGGUGAAUUUGUUCUGCUAAACAAUUUUUCCAAUGCUGACUAUAGAAAAGAUAUGCUGACCAGACAUGUGAGAAAGUUCUUUGAACAGAGAAACAAAAAUGAAAACGCAUCAGAAGGGGAUUGUAAGAUCAGCGACCCUGAUAGGAAAAGUUCUCUGAGGAAGUCAACCAACUUUACUCAUAUAUACAGGCUUGCAGAAGUGCUUGGGUUUUCAAAAGAAACACUGAGAGGGCAGAUUGCUCUGGCUGCAGCCACCAGGGGGGAUGUGACCACUGCUCUUGGGAUCUGCAGUGAGUUGUAUGAGCAGGCCCCCAGUGAGGAGACAGCUGAGGUGCUCCUCCAGGUGGGCCACACAGUGUGUAAGCUGUACACCAGUGAAGACUGGGUGAAGGAUCUACACACCUGCAAGGACCUCCCGUCUAGACUCCAUGAGCUGGCCAGGUGGGCACUGGUCAUCUGUCCUCCAGAUAUGAUAGCAGAUUGUUUGGAGCUUAGUAAGAACACUGCACUGAUGCUGACCUUGUACAGACAGUGUGAGAGUGGGGCUUAUGGAGAAAGAGUUCAGAGUGCUGGACAAGGUGACCACGACCAGUCUGGCCAGGACCUCUACAAGCAGUGGACAUUUGACCCUUUCUUUGAGGAGGAUGGACUUGUACUGGACUCAUCAGUCACACUCACCAUGGCUGCAGAGUAUGCCAUUACUUUACUACCAAAAGCUGAGCGUGGUAAAGCCCCUUACCUACAGCACAGAAUUCAAGGAGAGGCAAAGAAAGUCUCUUCAAACGCAAAUGUAGAAAACACAGAAACUGUGCCAGGGGCAGACACUCCGUUAUAUAAGACCUUAAAUGCCACCGCCCUGGACUUGGUUCAGUAUUUGAGAGAGAACAGUCAGUUUGAGCUCGCCCUGAACAUAACUCAUCAGACCAUAGGCAGCGUGCUGCAGCAUCACUCCAUACAAAGCAUGGGAUAUGAGGCUCAGGACCAGGCACUCAAGACAGCUCUUAAUGAAGACAAGAGAUUGGUGAUGAAAGCUGCACAGAUUGGUCUGGUAACACAGAAGGAUCUGGUCUCCACCCUGUUCUGCAAGCUUUUCACAAAGAAACAUGUUGACCAUAUCUUGGCUGUGGGAUAUAUUUGCUCUCUGCAGAACAAGAAAAUUGCUAUGGAGAUGAUGACAAAAUUGACCCGCCAGGCAGGGUUGAAUUACAAGACUUUGCUGGCAAUUGCUACUGUAGGAAAAGACUAUGCUGUUCUUUCCAAGGAACCCAAAGUACUGUUGAAAUGUAAUGAAAUGGCAGCCAAUGCAAAAUGGGGACACAAGUUUUCUAAGCUUAAGAUAUCUUUCAAAGAAGCCUACGAAGGCAAAGGGGAAGAAAAGAGAAAAUUAAUUCCUCAGUUGGUCCACCAUGAACAGGUGGAACUUGAACUUAUUGGAGAAUACUGCAGAGCCUUUAACCUAGAUGAAAAUGAGGCAUUGUUUGAGUAUCUAGAAGCACUACUGUUGGGUAAAUCCCACCUAACAGUUAGUGCCCGCCACAGGAUGGCUACCAGAGUGAUAGAGGGCAUUACUGCCAAAGACAAGCUGUUACCUAAACUAAACAGCAUUGUGUUACAGAUUGAUCCAUAUGCAUAUGAAGAGCUGGAUUACAUGCUGAUCAAAAUCAAUGAAUUGGAUUCCAGUGCCUAUGUGCAAAAGGGCCUAAAACUGCUAGAAUAUUUGUCCUUUUACGUAAGGUCUGCCCCUCCCUCGGAUUAUGAGAUCAACUACAAACAUAUCACUGAGGAUGAACAGCUGCUGUGUGGAGGCAGGGCCUUAGCACCACUGUCUGAGAAGAGGUUGCCCUUCCAUCCUCUUCUCAUGGGAGAACCCUGGAAAAUCAUAACCCCAGAACUGAAUGCAAGUACAGUUUCUCUUUGGCUGCCUAUCACACAGCUACUCAAGUUGAACACAGAUCAGGUAUACUUAACCACCAUACAGAACAUCAUUAAGAAGCAUGUGGAAGGCAAGAAAGCCAAGGAGACACUGGACAAGAGUAAAUGUAGCUGGAAUCCAGACACUGAUGUGGACCUGAAGUUAUUUGACAGUGUGAGGAAGCUGCUGCUCAAUGUAUCUCACUGUGAGAUGGCAGUAGCUUGUGGUAGAUGGGUGGUGCAGGAACUGCCCAUGGGUGCUGAAAAAGUGGUAGCUCUGAAGUUCUGUGCCAUGUUGGCACAGAAAUGGUUAGAGGUGUGUCCUCAAGAGGGUCCAGAAAAGGUCAAAGCCCAGGAAGCCUACAGCAAGUUCUCCCAGAUGUGGUGUCGCUUGGCCACAGAACAGGUGCUUUACCAGAACAGACUGGCAGAGGAAGAGCUGCUUAGCCUGGCCCCACGACCCACCAAACUGAUCAUGAAGCUGUAUGACCACCCUAGCAUACUGCAGAGAAUGGAGCCUGGAGCACCCAGCAGUUUACCUGACAUCCACAAAAUAGCAGACAGUGUUGCAGAGGUGAAUAAAGUCAAUGUUUCCAAGAUUCGUCUGACUCUGGUAGAAAAAUGGAUGCCCUCUGCAUCUCAAGCAAAACAAGAGGAAGAAGACACUACAAUGACAUUCGAUUUCAAAAUGAAUUUGAAUGCAUCCCAUGGUGAGGAACAGUCCAGUGAAGAUGAGGACAAUUUAAAGAGAGGUUACCUGCACACUUUACUGUACCUGGUAGAGUUAGAGAAGCUCCACGUGCCACACACAAGAGAGUCGUUUGAAAGCUGCAACAAGGAAGGCCUUGUGCGUGGACUGUGGAGAAAUCACAGCCAUGAAAAGAAGGCUGUCCGUUUAAUUGCUGACUUGUGCCUGGACUUUGAAAUAUUUGAAGUUCAACUGUGGAAUAGUGUUUUGCAACAAUUGCUUGCCUUUGGAAUGAUGGAGUACCUGUGCCAUGUGCUGGUGUGUCUGUCAGGGGUCCCAGAGCUGUGGCAAGUCAGCUGCAUUCAGAAGAUGUGGAAAAGUGUCCUCUUUGCUCCUUUAAGUUUAGCUGUUCCACCUCUCUCACAUUCUCAACAAGAAGAAUGUGCCAAGUCCCUGAUUCUUUUGCACAGAUGUCCAGUACUCUUGGACAUGGACCUGCAGGGCCUGUGUAAGCAGUAUGUUAGGCUAGAGAUGCAGGCCUGUGCACUGGCUUGCCUGCUUAUGAUACCUGCAGCCAAGAGCAGACAGGAGCUGAUUGAGAACUUACUGAGUUCAGGCUGUGCACAGGAUAUUCUUAGUCAGCUGUCAGAAUUUACAGAGAGGAAAAUCAAUAUACCACUGCAUAAGCAGAUUGAACAAUCUGCAUUAUUGUGGCAAAGCAGGACAACAGACAAGGCUGGUUAAAGUGGGAAUAAGUUCAGUUUGAUGGAAGGAAAAGCCUGUGGGGGCAGUCAUGGUUCUGUCGUUUAUUUCUCAAUUUUUGGAUACUUAUGCCUCUGGACAAUGGACUGGGACAAUGAAUGCAGACUAUACACAACACUGUAUACUAAUACUUAUAAAAUUAAAGUUAUUAUUCUAAAAAAAGGGACAGAUGGAUACAAUACUAAAAGCAUUUGCCUUUGGUCACGGAGAUUGACUUACUGUAUAUAUUUUGAUCAUUUGUUUGGCCAAUAGUCAUGAAUAGAUGAAGCAAAAAAAAAAAAUUUUAUUCAGCUUAUAUAUAUUUUGCAUAUAUCAUAUCAUCUGUUGCAUAAUUUCUUUUAUUUAUCAUUUCAUUAUCACAAAGAAAUAUUCCAGUAUUAAAAUCACUUUUAAAAAUACAAUGAAAGUGCAAAUUUUUUUUCUCAACUCUGAUAUACUAAUAUCAGAUUUACAACUAUUUUAUUUAGUACAUAUGAAAAUAUAACUAUUAUAAUAAUGUUUUCUUUAAAAUGGGGGUUAAAUAUCAAAAAUAUUUUCUGAAUUGCUUUUCAGAAGAGUAAUUGUAAUAUGUUUUGGUUUUCACUUCAAAUAAAGUGUACAAAAUACUGAUGCCCUUGUAAAAAUUUUAAUCUAAAUAACUUUCAGAGCACAAAUAUCAACAUGGGCAAUACUAAAAGAGUUAUAAUAAAAACCUGAAAAAAUAUACCUCUCAACAAAAAAUUUGUUUUAAAAAAUGGAUCAGUAUAAACCUCAUACAAAGACUAUUAAAAAGAUGUGGAUGAUAUAAUGCACUGUAUAGUAAUUAUAACUAGAUGCAGAUUUGACAAAAAAAAAAGGUAUUGCAGGCUCUCAAAGGCCUGUCAAAAUUAGGUAUUGCCAGCCCUGACAAUAUUUUACAGGCACAAAUAACUUUUCAAGACAUAAUCCACGUGCACACCAGUAUUUUACUGGUUUUCCUAAAACUUUUUAACAACUAUUGUUAUAAAAACAAUUAUGUGCACAUCAGUGAUAUAUAAGCAAUAACUGGCCCAAUUCAUGUUUUAAUUUUUAUGUACAUUGCUGGCCUGACUUCACUGUUGCUUUCAAAAGUUAAACAGUUCAAGUAGAAAUAAUAUAC